AUGUCCAGCUCGUCCGGCCAGCUCGUCCACCUCGGCAGCAGCUACUUCGGCACGGACGUCAAGUACGUCUCCGUCGUCCCGGCCGAGCAAGAGGGCAGCGGCGCCUUCCUCGUCUUCGUCUCCGAGGCGACGCCCGAGUCGCGAGACCAGAGUGUCGGAGUGGUCAGGUCGGCGCGCGAGUUCUCUGAGCUGCACGCGGCGCUGCGCGGGCGGAUCCUAUGCGCAGCGCUACCCGACCUCCCCACCCGGCCGGCGUACCUGGCGGAGCUCGUGGCGCACGAGGACGUCUCUGGCGCCGAAGAGCUGAGCACCUUCACGGGCCGCUCCUUCAAGCUCUCCGCGCCGCCUCCGCCGCGCACAAACGCAGUGCUGGCUCGGGCGCCGACCCUGGUGCGGCUCGGCUCGGGCAAGGUUGGGGCAGGGUCGCCCGGCGAGGGGAGCGGCAAGGAGGGGGGCGGCAAGGCGACCAAGGUGACGCUCUCGUGGUGCGACGAGUCAGGCGACCACUCCGUGCUGCACCCAAACUCUGGGCUCGGCAACCCGGUGAUCGACGUGCGAUCGCUCAACGCAAAGACGGGCUUCUUCACGCACGACCCCGGCUUCACGUCCACCUCGUCGUGUGAGAGCGCCAUCUCCUUCAUCGACGGCGCGAAGGGCCUGCUGAUGCACCGCGGCUACCCGAUCGAGCAGCUCGCCUCCUCGUGCUCCUUCCUCGAGGCGCCGCAGCUCCGCCGCUUCGAGGCGGAGGUGCACAAGAACUGGAUGGUGCACGAGAAGCUGCUCUCCUUCUUCGGCGGAUUCAAGUCAGACGCUCACCCUAUGGCGAUCAUGGUCUCUGUGGUUGGCGCGCUCUCGGCGUUCUACCCUGACUCGGUCAACAUCCACGACGCGGCGCAGCGGCGGCUCUCGGCCAUCCGGAUGGCGCCAGAGAUGUCGCACGCGAUCGCGUACAAGACCUCCAUCGGCGAGCCCGUCGUCUACCCGUCCAACGCCCUCCCCUUCGCCGCCAACUUUCUGCACAUGAUGUUUGCGACGCCGGCCGAGCCCUACAAGGUGUCUCCUGCGCAAGGCAUCGCUUCCCUCUGGGGGCCCGCGCACGGCGGCGCAAACGAGGCGGUGCUGCGGAUGCUCGGCGAGAUCGGGACGGCGCACCCGGACCUGCAGCUCGCGCAGCAGCUCGAGAAGAUCGCGCUCGAGGACGAGUACUUCGUCAAGCGCUCCCUCUACCCGAACGUCGACUUUUACUCCGGCAUCGUGCUGCGCGCGCUUGGCAUCCCGACCGACAUGUUCACCGUGCUCUUCGCCGUCGCGCGCACCUCGGGCUGGCUCGCGCAGUGGAACGAGUCCUUCUCCGACCCACAGCAGCGCAUCUCCCGCCCGCGCCAGCUCUACUCGGGAGUCGCGAGGCGCGAGUUUGUGCCACUCGCGCAACGCGGCGGCGCAGAGGCGAGCCCGCGCUCUGCCGAGGCUGCGCCUGCGGCCGCGGUGCCGUCCCCGGCCUUUGCUGGCGCCGGUGUCGUCGUGGAGCCGGGACGCUGA